AUGAUUUUAGGAAUUAAAUUCUCGAAUUAUUAAAUAUAUUCAUUUGAUUUUAAUAACUUUUAGAAUCCUGAAAACGAAGAUAUCAUUGGAUUUACUGAUAAGGGCAAUGCAUUUGUCGUUAAAGAUCAAAGCAAAUUGAGUAAUGAGAUCCUCCCAACCCAUUUUAAACACCAUAACUUCAGUUCUUUUAUUAGACAAUUAAAUAUGUACGGAUUCAAGAAAAUUCGUAAUGUCAACAAUCAAAAUGAGUUCAGUCACUAUUAUUUCAGGAGAAACAUGGAAAACCUGUUAGUCAAUAUACCCAGGAGAAAUGGCGGGGUCAAGGCCAAAAAGGAAAAAUCCAUUAAAAUGAAAAACAACAAAGUGAAAAAAAUUCAGGAAGACUUAUUUGAGAAAUAUAAUUCUUUGAAAUAAGACAUAUAGAACAUCAACAUCGAAUCCAACUUCAUAAGUAAACAAGUAGAACAGUUUUAAAACACUUAAUCCACGCUGGUUGAGUCCUAUCAUUCUAUAUUUAUGGAAUUUAGUGUCAUCAAGAGCAAGCGCCAAACCUAUAAUGAUUUGAUGUGCCAAUUGCUAUUUAAAUUGACCAAUGCUUCUCCUAAUUCUAGUGAAUAAAUACAAAACAUGGUUCAAAAAUUCAAUAAUACAAAUCAAAACACUAUGAGCAACGGAGCUGGAAGUUCUGAUAACAACAACGAACAGAAUGGAGGAUCUAGUAAAGAUGAUACAAAUUAGAGUAAUGGAAGUAAUCCAUAAUUAGAAGAAGAAAGAAUAAAGUCUGUAUGA